AUGGACACCAUUGCACUUAUCAGCCGAAAAGGGUUACUUGAAGAUUGUCCAGCUUUUGAUUACAGAAAAGGUGCAGAUGUCAACGCCCUCACUGAUAAUGAGACAGAAUGCAUGCCGUUGCAUAUGGCAGCAGAAAAUGGUCAUUUGGAUGUUGUGCAGUGUUUAUUUGCUCAUGGCGCCAAAGUCAAUGUUGGUUUCAAGAGCUGGUCGACUCCAUUGCAAUUAGCAACUACUAACGGUCACAUCGCUGUAGUAAAGUUUCUCAUAAGUAAAGGCGCCAAUGUUAAUGAUAGUUGUAUUUUGAAAAAUACGCCAUUACACUGUGCAGCAGGAAAUGGUCACUUGGAAAUAGUACAGUAUCUUAUCAUUAAAGGCGCACGUGUUAAUGAUGCUUCUGUAUAUCUUUUUACACCAUUGCAUAUGGCAGCAAUGCAUGGCUACAAAAAUAUCGUCCAAGUAUUAGUGGACAAUGGUGCAAAUAUUGCUGCGGUAGAUAACUUUUAUAGGACACCCAUACGCAUUGCUGAUGAAUUCGGCUACACAGAAAUCGUUGAAAUAUUGAAAAAAACUAAUCGUAGUAUGAUAGUUAGUGGUUAA